GUGUACGGGGGUAGGGUGGGGUGGGGUGGACAUAUGUGAAAUCUGAUCUGGUGCCAAGGAAAGGGUGUGCUGCCAAAGACCCCAGGGCAAGGAACUCUCAGCCUCCACACCAGGCAUGUGUGAUUCCUGAGGUGGCAGAGGCUGCACACAACCACAACCCACUCAUGGAGAACUCUGUGGCGCCUUUCGUUCUCUACCCGGGGACUGAGCCCGGGACUCCGGGAGAGGACAGCCUGCCGCUGCCAGCCGAGGAGGAGGGCGCUGCGUCCCAGGCGCAGACACCCUGCAGUCUCAGCACCUCGCUGUGCUUCAGCUCCGGGGACGACUCCCCUCCGCAGUCUCGUGCCUCUGCGGCUGAGGGCGCCCAGGCCUCUCCUCCUCAUCGCAGCGACUUGUGCGUGGUGGAGACGCAGUGGGAAGUCAGCAGCGCCGCGUCCCCGGAGACCCCGGAAGAGUGCGCGCGCCCGGAAGAGUCCGCAUCGCCGGAGGAGCCCCCUUCCCCCCACGAGGAUGCGCGUCCUGUGGAGUCUCUAGACGAGCUCGGGGAGCCCGUGCCGGUGCCACCCGGAGUCGGAUCCGCGCACGGAGAACCCGACCUCGUCAUCGAGGUGGCCGGUCGCCGGCUGCGGGCACACAAGGCAGUGCUGGCAGCGCGCAGCGACUACUUCCGCGCGCGCGCGUCACGGGACGUGCUGCGGGUGCAAGGAGUGAGUUUCACGGCUCUGCGGCUGCUGCUGGCAGACGCAUACAGUGGGUGCAUGGCGGGUGUGCGGCCAGACAACGUGGCCGAGGUGGUGGCCGGCGCGCGCCGCCUCCAGCUGCCCGGCGCUGCGCAGCGCGCCACCGAUGCCAUGGCGCCGCAUCUGAGCCUGGACAACUGCUACGAGGUGCUGAGCGCCGGCAAGCGGCAGCGGCUGAGCGAGCUGCGCGACGCCGCCUACCGCUUCAUGAGCGACCAUUACCUGGAAGUGCUGCGCGAGCCCGCCGUCUUCGGCCGCCUGUCCGGUGCCGAGCGCGAUCUGCUGCUGCGGCGCCGCCUGGGUUCGGGCCGCGCCUGCCUGCUGGCCGCUGCGCUCGGACCAACCGGGGAGCGCGCGGGCAGCCGUCCACAGAGCCCGUCCGGGGACGCCGAGUCGCGCGGGGACGCGGCCGUUUAUUGCUACCAGGCCGAAGCGGGAGAGUGGCGCGAGCUGACACGGCUGCCCGAGGGUGCGCCAACUCGCGGUUGCGGCCUCUGCGUACUCUUUAACUACCUCUUCGUGGCGGGCGGUGUGGCUCCUGCGGGUCCUGAUGGCCGCGCGCGCCCGUCGGACCAGGUGUUUUGCUACAACCCGGCCACCGACUGCUGGAGUACCGUGCGGCCGCUGCGCCAGGCGCGCUCUCAGGUGCAGCUGCUGGCCCUGGACGGCCACCUGUACGCUGUGGGCGGCGAGUGCCUGCUCAGCGUGGAGCGCUAUGACCCGCGAGCGGACCGCUGGACCGCGGUGGCCCCGCUGCCCCGGGGCGCCUUCGCAGUGGCCCAUGAGGCUGCCACCUGCAACGGCGAGAUCUACGUGUCCGGAGGCUCGCUGUUCUACCGCUUGCUGAAGUACGACCCUCGGCGCGAUGAGUGGCAGGAGUGCCCUUGUAGCAGUAGCCGAGAGCGCUCUGCUGACAUGGUGGCCCUCGACGGCUUCCUCUAUCGCUUUGACCUGUGCGGGAGCCGCGGUGAUGCUCAGGCUGCGGUCAGCACAGGUGGCGGGGUUAGCGUCUUCCGCUACCAUUGCCUGGCCAAGCAAUGGAACCAGUGUGCUGUGCACCUGCGCCCUCCAGGCGCACCAUCAGGCCUGCAGCCCUUCCGCUGCGCUGCCCUAGACCGUACCAUCUACUGUGUGAGCCGCGCGGGGACCUGGCGCUAUGUGCCUUCGCAGGACACUGAGGCUGGCGGCGAAAUGGGACCUGGUGGCAGCUUUGAGCCCGAGCCCCUGGGGUCCCCUCUGGAUGUCCGUGGUGUACUGUUUCCAUUUGUGCUCAACCUGCCUGAGAAACAAGACCACGGGGAGCAGGGUGCAGCCUAGGACAGGAUCAGCUGGGCAACUCCACUGUCCAGCUGCUGGGGGGG